AUGCGCUGGACCAAGCGCACAACUUGUCCCAUGGCAGACUUGGAACCCGAUCAGCUAGCCUCCAGAUAUUGGGCAUUCUCCGCUCCCUCCGCCGCUGACUCGGUGCAGGAAGCCUUGGCGUUCGCGAGCUUAGUGGAACAAGAAUACGAUUCUAUUCUUGUUGUCGAUACUAAACUCUAUACGUGGGCUCUGCUCCUUUCUGCCGUGGACUCGCUUGAGAGGCAGCAGAUCCAGCGCCUGGAAAAACACGUGAUUCACAGAAGAAAGUCUCGAUACUUGCUGGGCCCGAUGUUGAACCAAGAUCUCGUAUCGAUCGUACAGAACGAGGGUAGCGCAUUUUUGAAGAUUUGGAAGGGCCUCGUCUUCGCUGGUCUGGAACAAAUUCGACCGAUGCAGAUCCUGGUGUACAUGCUGAUUCCAAGCGGGAAACACAACUGGUCACCGGGAUUUCCCUAG